AUGGUUUCCAACGGAAUUGCUCAUGCCACUCCUCAAGAUGUUAUUUUCCGAGAUCCCAGUAGUUUUGUGGCAGGGGAACUGAGUCGGCACCAGUCUUACUGGAAGUUCAUUCUGUCUCAAAACCCAAAGAAAUAUGAGAUUUUAUCCUACAUCGUCCGCGGGGUCAACAUUUCCAAUUUUUUCGUCCCCUUCAAAGGCGACUUCCAGGGGAAAUUUCAUAAUUCUGCUACUCUCCCAGCGGCUUGUUUUCCUAAUAGCAAAUCUUGUCUUGAUUUCGAGGAGUUUAUUAGUUCCUCUAUCCUUGACCGAGUUAAAAACGGCUCACUCCUGGUUUGGAGAAAAAGUUGGCUCUGUUCAGCCAACCCAUUUGUUUUUGCCCAUUACUGUGGAGCCCACUAA